AUGGCGACGGUAGAAUCUUUGCUGGCGCAAAUCCAAGGGCUAUCAAGCAGCGCGGGGGAUUUAGGUUUGUUAUUGACUCACUUGAAACAAGCAGAUGAAUUGCUACACAAUGAGUCCACUCCGCUUUUGCCUUUUCUUGAACAACUUGACCCGACUCUUCACUCGCUCGGCUAUCUUUACAUUCUGGUUUCAUUGGCAGUCAUAGCUGUUUGUAAGAGGUUCAAAGACCAUGUUUUGAUGCUUGAAGCACCUAUGCGUGGUGUGGCCCCUUUGCUGGAAGCUGUGAAAAAGAUACGCUCCUCCUCUGAACAUUUGAGUACUUUACAUCCGGAUUUUCUUCAACUUUGUUUGUUGGCCAAGUGCUAUAAAACUGGUCUUUCCAUUCUGGAGGAUAAUAUUUUUGAGGUUGAUCAGCCAAGGGAUUUUUUUCUCUAUUGUUAUUAUGGGGGGAUGAUAUGCAUCGGACAAAAGCGUUUUAAGAAAGCACUGGAGCUUCUACACAAUGUCGUGACUGCUCCUAUGUCUUCUAUAAAUGCUAUAGCUGUUGAAGCAUUCAAAAAAUAUAUACUGGUUUCUCUCAUUCACAGUGGACAGUUCUCUACCAAUCUACCUAAGUACACUUCUUCAGCAGCUCAGAGGAAUCUAAAGACCUUAUGUCCGCCAUAUGUGGAAUUGGCAAAUACUUGUAGCAGUGGAAAGAUUUCAGAAUUAGAGACAUACAUUCAGACAAACAGGGAAAAGUUUGACAGCGACAAUAAUCUUGGACUGGUGAAGCAGGUCGUAUCAUCCAUGUAUAAGAAAAACAUUCAGAGAUUGACCCAAACUUAUUUGACUCUUUCCCUCCAAGAUAUAGCCAACACUGUGCAACUCAGCAGUCCUAAAGAGGCAGAAAUGCAUGUGCUUCAAAUGAUCCAAGAUGGUGAGAUAUAUGCAACAAUCAACCAGAAAGACGGUAUGGUUAGAUUUUUAGAGGAUCCAGAGCAAUAUAAAACCUGUGAGAUGAUUGAGUGUAUUGAUUCUUCUAUUCAGAGGAUAAUGACACUGUCAAAGAAGCUGACUGCAAUGGAUGAACACAUAUCAUGUGAUCCUUUGUACUUGGCAAAGGCCGGAAGAGAGCGUCAGAGAUUCGACUUUGAUGAUUUUGACCCUGUUCCUCAGAAAUUCAACAUAUAA